UUUUCAGUUGUCACUCGAACUCUCAACUUCGUAGCAAUGGCUCGUACCAAGCAAACCGCGCGUAAAUCCACCGGUGGAAAGGCACCGAGGAAACAACUCGCCACCAAGGCCGCGAGAAAGAGCGCGCCUGCAACCGGUGGAGUGAAGAAGCCCCAUCGCUACAGGCCCGGAACCGUCGCUCUCCGUGAAAUCCGUCGUUACCAGAAGAGCACCGAGCUCCUCAUCCGCAAACUGCCCUUCCAACGUUUAGUCCGUGAAAUCGCUCAGGACUUUAAGACCGACCUGCGCUUCCAGAGCUCCGCCGUGAUGGCCCUCCAGGAGGCCAGCGAGGCCUACCUCGUCGGUCUCUUCGAAGACACCAACUUCUUAUUCUCUGUGAAAAUGACUGGUCGCGGUAAGGGAGGAAAGGGAUUGGGAAAAGGAGGAGCAAAGCGCCAUCGUAAAGUGUUGCGUGAUAACAUCCAAGGCAUCACCAAGCCUGCCAUCCGUCGUUUGGCUCGUCGUGGUGGAGUGAAACGUAUCUCAGGAUUGAUUUACGAAGAGACCCGUGGUGUCUUGAAAGUGUUCCUUGAGAACGUGAUCCGUGACGCCGUCACUUACACCGAACACGCCAAGAGGAAGACCGUCACCGCCAUGGACGUCGUCUAUGCUCUCAAGCGUCAAGGCCGCACCCUUUACGGUUUCGGCGGUUAAUUUUCAUAUUCAUCAUCGUCAUCAAAAAACAAUCGGCCCUUUUCAGGGCCACCAAAUAUUUUUUACGUUUGAAUAAUUUUUCAUCAAUAACAUAGUUUUAUGACAAAAGCAUUAAAGUGCAAUCUAUCAGUAAGUAAUAUAGUGAGUCACGUAUACCCACAUUCUAGGCAUUAUUUAAUCCAUAAUGCUCUUGUUUUCGAAAUUCACGAAUAUUGUUUGUACUAAGUACACAGAAAUAAAUGCGAAUGGUGAAAACUACCACAUGUGUAUGUUUUAUGUAAUUAAAAUUAGUAUUUCUUACUAGUUGCAGAGAGAGAAAUAAAUUUACACAUU